GACGCAUAGAAAACAAAGCAUAUGCUUCUGCUACUCCCCCUUGCCUCACCUCCUCCUUCUUCUUCUUCUUCAACCUGUUCUGAUCCAAAUGCCCUAAUUUUUCACCUAUAAAUUCUCAAUUUUUAUCCAAAUUUACAGAAUACAGAUCUUGAUGGAGCCUCGUGUUGGUAAUAAAUUUCGUCUAGGUCGAAAGAUUGGCAGUGGAUCGUUUGGAGAGAUCUAUUUAGGUACUAAUGUUCAGACGAAUGAAGAAGUUGCGAUUAAGCUUGAAAAUGUCAAGACAAAGCAUCCUCAGCUGCUGUAUGAAUCAAAGUUAUACAGGAUUUUACAAGGAGGAACUGGUGUACCAAAUGUGAGAUGGUUUGGUGUGGAGGGAGACUAUAAUGUUUUAGUGAUGGAUUUGCUUGGACCCAGCCUUGAGGAUUUAUUCAAUUUCUGUAGCAGGAAACUUUCUUUGAAGGCAGUUCUUAUGCUUGCAGAUCAAAUGAUUAAUCGAAUUGAAUUUGUUCACUCCAAAUCAUUUCUACAUCGUGAUAUCAAGCCAGACAAUUUUCUUAUGGGCUUGGGACGUCGGGCAAAUCAGGUCUACAUCAUUGACUUUGGUUUGGUGAAAAAAUAUAGGGAUACAACAACUCACCAACAUAUUCCUUACAGAGAAAAUAAAAACUUGACUGGAACUGCACGAUAUGCAAGCAUGAAUACUCACCUCGGCAUUGAACAAAGCAGGAGGGAUGAUUUGGAAUCUCUAGGAUAUGUUCUCAUGUAUUUCUUAAGAGGAAGUCUACCUUGGCAGGGCCUGAAAGCAGGAAAUAAGAAACAGAAGUAUGAAAAAAUUAGUGAAAGAAAAGUUUCUACUUCAAUCGAGGCCUUAUGUCGUGGUUAUCCAACAGAGUUCGCGUCAUACUUCCAUUACUGCCGCUCAUUACGAUUUGAAGACAAACCAGAUUAUGCUUAUCUUAAGCGAAUUUUUCGGGACCUCUUUAUCCGUGAAGGAUUCCUAUUCGAUUAUGUCUUUGAUUGGACAAUACUGAAAUAUCAACAGUCACAGAUUGCAGCUCCUCCUACUCGUGGCCUUGGUAUGGGCGCUGGACCAAGCUCUGGAAUACCCCCUGCUAUUCCCAUUGGUGACAGGCAGACAGGUGAGGAAGCUGGGAAGAUGGCUGGUUUAUCAUCAAUGGAUUCUUCUCGGCGGAGAAAUCCUGGACAAGUUAUGAAGUCAGGGAAUCUAGCUAAAGAGAAGACACAAGUUACCAACGAUCCAACAACUGGCAAAGAUGCCAUGCUUGGGAAAUCAAGGGGACCUGUGAGACGAGAUGAUGGUCGCACCCCAGAGAUGAAUCCCGGAACAAAUAUUAAGCCAAAAAAUUCAGCACUUGGUGGGUCCUCAGAUCCGAAAAAUGCUUCAUGGGGGAAGAACGGUUCGGCGUACGAGACGACAAAUCUCAAUAAGAGUAUCCAAGGUCUACAGUUGAAUGAUGAAGAAAAGGUUCAUUAAAUAUCAGAAGUUUGGUUUGUGUAUUAUAUAACUUUUUAUGCUUUUAACAUGAAGUCCAUAAGUAAUUGUAGAAUUGUUGAUAGUGAGGAUUGAAAGUGUAAAUGGGUAGUUGUAAGGAUUGGAAUCCUCAUGAAAUUUCUGGUUUUAAGGUUUUAAUUUGACAUC